UAAUAUAUUAAAAUGGCAGGACAAACUGUGUACAGAUUUCUUAUCUCACGUCCCUCUCAUUUUAGAUGUUCACUUGUUCUGUUCUAGACUUUUAGCACAACCCAGAGGACGAUGUCAUGCACAAGAGGCAAAGGAGAAAAGUACAAGUUUCUCUACUCUGCAUAAAUACUAUCUCAAAACAAACACAUGACAUGGGCAAAUGCGGGCUGUGGCCUCGUGCACACACAAAAAUCACAAAUCAAAAGCAUCAUCAGAACAGAGACAUGGUUCCUGGGGUUCUUGAUUCCAAAUCUCCAUCUCCUCAUCGCCAUGCAUACUUCUUCCUGUGCAGCCUAUUCAUAUUACUGUCCACCAACACAGUAACACUCUCAUCAGCACAAGCCAGCAAUAGGUCCGAGGAUGACCGGCAAGCCCUCCUUUGCUUCAAAUCUGGUCUCUCCGGGAACUCUGCUGGUGUCCUUGGAUCAUGGAGCAACGAGUCACUGAACUUCUGCAACUGGCAAGGGGUCACCUGCAGCACGGCCCUCCCAAUCCGCGUGGUAUCCUUGGAAUUAAGGUCAGUGCAACUCAGAGGAAAACUAUCAAGUUGUAUAGCAAAUCUUACUUCUCUAGUGAAGAUGGACCUCUCAAACAAUUCGAUUUCUGGGAACAUACCUGAUGAAAUAGGUUCACUACCUGGACUUCAAACUUUGAUGCUUUCUGCCAAUAGACUUGAAGGUAACAUCCCUCCAUCAUUCGGCAUGGCUGCAUCUAACAAUUCAUUGCUUACCACUCUAAUCCUCUUAAAGAACAACCUAUCAGGGGAGAUCCCAGCUAGCCUGUUCAAUGGUCCAUCCAAACUUGUCGUGGUUGACCUUCGAUCGAAUUAUCUUUCUGGGGUAAUUCCAUAUUUUCAUAAGAUGGCAUCUCUGCAAUUUCUUGGCCUUACUGGAAAUUUGCUUUCAGGAAGUAUUCCAGCAUCUUUGGGAAAUAUUUCCUCCUUAACUUCCAUCUUACUAGCACAAAACAAUUUAAGAGGACCAAUUCCAGAAACUUUGGGUCAAAUCCCAAAGUUGAACAUUCUAGACCUAAGCUACAACAGAUUGUCGGGGAACGUCCCAGACUUGCUGUACAAUGUCUCAUCACUCAUUUCCUUCAAUAUAAGCAAUAACAGGCUUGCUGGAAAGAUACCAUCUGAUAUUGGCCGCUCACUUCCAAACCUCGUGUCAUUGAUCAUGAGAGGCAAUGCUUUCACUGAAGAGGUUCCAGCUUCAUUGAACAACAUUUCAAUGCUCCAAGUGAUUGAUCUCUCAAGCAAUUCCCUAAGGAGCUCAGUGCCAUCUCUUGGAUCCUUGGGAUACCUUAAUCAACUGCUUCUAGGAAGUAACAAGCUAGAAACUGAAGACUGGGCGUUUCUUACCUCCCUAACAAAUUGCAGGAAAUUGUUAAAGAUAACACUGGAUGGGAAUGCUCUGAAAGGAAGUCUUCCAAAAUCACUCGGCAACCUUUCUACAAGUAUACAAUGGCUAAACUUCUCAGGUAAUCAAAUUUCAGGAACUAUACCAGCUGAGAUAGGAAAACUUGUGAAUCUCAAUCUGCUUGCCAUGGACCAAAACAUGCUUUCAGGAAUCAUUCCCUCCACUAUUGGGAAUUUAACAAAUUUGGUUGUCCUGGCACUGUCCAUGAACAGAUUGUCAGGUGAAAUCCCAUCCACAAUUGGCAAUCUUCCUCAACUGAACAAGCUUUACCUGGAUGACAACAUGAUAUCUGGACACAUACCAGCAAGUCUAGCACAGUGCACCAGGUUGGCUAUGUUAAAUUUAUCAGUCAAUAACCUUGAUGGAUCCAUACCAAGUGAAAUCCUCAGUAUUUCUUCGCUUUCUUUGGGGUUGGACUUGUCAAACAACAAUCUUAAAGGAACAAUACCACCACAAAUUGGAAAACUGAUCAAUCUUGGCCUACUGAAUGUUUCCAGCAACAAGUUAUCUGGUGAAAUACCAUCUGAACUUGGCCAGUGUGUUUUAUUAUCAUCCCUUCAGAUGGAAGGCAACAUGCUCAGUGGGGUUAUUCCUCAGUCUCUCAAUACACUGAAGUCCAUACAACAGAUGGAUCUCUCUGAAAAUAACUUAUCGGGUUACAUUCCAGACUUCUUCGAGAACUUCAAAACCUUAUAUCAUCUUAAUCUAUCAUACAACAAACUAGAAGGACCAAUUCCAACCGGUGGUAUCUUCACAAAUUCAAAUGCAGUCAUGUUAGAAGGUAACAAGGGGUUAUGUCAACAAAUUGACAUAUUUGCAUUGCCGAUCUGUCCCAUCACAUCAUCAACAAAAAGAAAAAUUAAUGGACGCCUGCUGCUGAUAACAGUUCCACCAGUUACUAUCGCUUUAUUGUCAUUUUUAUGUGUUGUUGCCACUAUUAUGAAGGGAAGAACAACCCAACCAUCUGAAAGCUACAGAGAGACAAUGAAGAAGGUGUCUUAUGGAGACAUUCUUAAAGCUACCAAUUGGUUCUCUCCAAUCAACAGGAUCAGCUCAAGUCAUACAGCAUCAGUAUACAUAGGUAGGUUUCAGUUUGAUACAGACCUUGUUGCCAUCAAGGUAUUUCAUCUUGAUGAGCAAGGUUCUCUAAAUAGCUUUUUCACAGAGUGUGAAGUCCUAAAACAUACCCGGCAUCGCAACCUUGUUCAAGCAAUUACCUUGUGCUCAACAGUUGAUUUUGAGAACAAUGAAUUUAAAGCUCUAGUAUACGAGUUCAUGGCAAAUGGUAGCUUGGACAUGUGGAUACACCCCAGGCUACACCAACGUAGCCCUAGGAGGGUGUUAAGUUUAGGUCAAAGGAUUAGUAUUGCUGCAGAUGUGGCUUCUGCUCUUGAUUAUAUGCACAACCAAUUGACACCUCCAUUGAUUCACUGUGAUUUGAAGCCUAGCAAUGUUUUGUUGGAUUAUGACAUGACCUCGCGCAUUGGGGAUUUUGGGUCAGCAAAAUUUCUUUCUUCAAGUCUUAAUAGCACCCCAGAAGGAUUGGUUGGAGCCUCAGGAACCAUCGGAUAUAUCGCACCUGAAUAUGGGAUGGGAUGCAAAAUCUCAACCGGUGGUGAUGUUUAUGGUUUUGGGGUGUUACUACUAGAAAUGCUCACGGCAAAGCGACCAACUGACAGACUAUUUGGCAAUGACCUCAGCCUUCAUAAGUAUGUAGACUUAGCAUUCCCUAACAAAAUUAAUGAGAUUUUAGAUCCCCAAAUGCCACAUGAGGAUGUUGUUGUUUCUACUCUAUGCAUGCAAAGAUAUAUCAUACCAUUGGUUGAAAUUGGCCUUAUGUGUUCCAUGGAAUCACCGAAAGAUAGACCGGGAAUGCAAGAUGUUUGUGCAAAACUUGAGGCCAUCAAAGAGGCAUUUGUCGAAACCUUUUGAUAAUUGCAAUGGCAAUGCAGUUAUGGAGAUGGAAUUUUGGCAAGGAACAAUAAUAAGGCGACUGGAGGGAUGUAUCAUGCACAGGGAGAAAGAAAAUGGCUCUCUAAUGUAGGAUAUAUCUUUGCAUGCAUAGAUGGCCAAAAGUCAGAAACACAAAGCCCGGAUAGAUGGCUACUAUGCUCAUCGAACAUCUCUGCAUUGGAAUCUGUAAUAACAUUUACAGUCAAAUAUUUACUCAAAGUGAUAUUUUUUCUAGAAGUUAUUGAUGAGUGAUGACGAUAUAUAUAGCAACCUUCCAAGGCAUGACGACCUCUCUUAACUAUAUUUUAUAUUUAUUCUCAGGAUUUGUAAUUUAUGCAAAAUCACACAGUAAUGGUUCUCCAAUUGGAGGUUUUUGUACUUUAGCUUUUGUAAUUUGUGCUAUUAUGUACUUUGAUUCUUUUUCCCAUUUGAACAGUAAUUUUUUAAGUUUAUAACCACACUCUGGUU